AUGGCCCAGCCUUACCCGCUCGACUUGCAAGUCCCCGGCAACAAAGAGUAUGAUGGGCGUACAGACCCUGAGGUUCACGUCAACACCUACUACGGCAACAUGUUGAUGAUGGGCGUGUCUGACGCUGUAAUGUGUAGGGCUUUCUAUUCCACGCUCACCGGUCGGGCGACGGAAUGGUUUAGGUCACUUCAACCGGGUUCCAUCGCUGACUUUGCCACCCUGGCAAUGAAAUUCAACCGGAAGUUUGUGACCUCCAGGAUCAUCAGGAAGCCCUAUAUGUACCUGGAAAAGGCCAAGCAGUUAGAGGGGGAGAUCUUGUCCGAGUUUUUGGUCAAGUGGAAAGCGGCGGUCGGGGAGGUUGAGCCGAUGGACGAUCUUACCGCCAUCCACAUGCUCCACAUCUCCCUUCGUGCCGGUUAUUUGUAUCAGGAUUUCAUCCUUCACCCGCCGACCACUUAUGAGGAAACUCUUCGUCGAGUGACGGAUUAUGCCAAUGCCGGUGAGGCGAACGCCGUCAAGAGAUCGCAGGAGGUCGGGACUUCAUCCCGGAAGCCUUCCGGUCGGGCGGAACAUCGAUCGGGUGAUGAUCAUCCCCGACCCCGUAUCCGGCCAGGGGAGUUUACGGCGCUAAACCGAUCGGCGGUGGAGGCCAUGCAGUACGCCCAGUCCUGCAAUCUGAUUCGUCUACCCCACCCCAGACAGGACGGGCCAGAUAAGUCCAAACAUUGCGCUUAUCACCGUUGCGCCGGGCAUGAUACGUAG